AUCAACUCCAUCGACCGAUAUCUAAUCAGAAGCCGUACUCAACCACUGUACAUGCAGCCCGUACGAUUCUCAUCUCAUCAUGAAGAGUCUCUAUGUUCUAACAAUUGCGUUUGACUGAACACUUUCUGCAAAUUAAAGUCCGAACAAACCAUGACUCCCCGAGCAAAGAAGCAGAAGAUCUCGGAGACUAGAUCAUCGGCCUCGCCUUCCAAGACUAGAAACACACUCGACUUUUUCUUGAAAAAGCCAAAAGAUGCCAGUGGUGACAAUGACCACUGGAAGAAUGUGCAGAUAAAAGAGACAGAGGUGCAGCUGCUAAAGGCGGAGGAAGACGUCGAGAGCGAUGAGGCGUUGGCAAGACGGCUUCAGCAGGAAUUCGAUGCGGAAAUGCAGACCGACGCAGCAGCGGAUGAGAACGAGGUUACGCAAGAUGCCGGGGCGGAUCUUGAUCUGUCUUUGCCAUCUGCCGAAAUUAUAGACUCAAAUGGGACUGCAGAGGAACCGGCUGCUGCUGCUCCGACGGAUCAUGAGUUCUACGACUACAUCGACUCUCUUGAUUUCUCCACCGAAUCUCCCGUCUUCCCCCUCGACACCCACAAAUCCUUCCUUUCCAGCCAUCACUCAAAAUCCUCGCCCUACGCGCUCCUCAGCCGCCUCUUUGUCCAACUAACAUCCACCCGCUCCCGUCUCAAGAUCCUAAACAUCCUCACAAACUACCUCCGUCUCCUUCUCGCUCUCGACAAGGACUCUUUACUCCCCUCGAUCUGGCUCUGCACAAACUCCCUCGGUCCGCAGUACGACUCUCCCGAUCUGGGAAUAGGCUGGUCGCUCGUCACAAAAUGCCUCAGAAACGUCUCGGGCAUAUCGCCCGCGUCGCUAAAGUCCUUGUACGAUAAGCACGGCGAUCUCGGCGACGUUGCGUUCGAGGCAAAGAUCUCGGUGCGCACGAUCGCGGCGCCGCCUAGGCUUACUAUUGCAGGAGUAUAUCGGACGUUACUCCAGAUCUGCGACGCCAAGGGCGCAAAGAGCCAGGAAAUAAAGAGGAAACUUGUCGAGCGGCUGCUGAUUUCGGCGCGAGGUGAAGAGGUGCGGUAUCUCACUCGCACUUUUGUCCAGAACUUACGAGUCGGCGCCGUCAAAACAACAAUGCUAGUCUCCCUCGCCCGCGCAUUCACAUACUCAUCUACCCCCGCCUGCCUCCCCGCAGACCAACUAAAAGCCAAACUCGCCCGCUCCGAAAAGAUUCUGCGACAAGUCUACGUCCGGCAUCCGAAUUACAACGACAUAGUCUCUUCCCUCCUCCGCUGCUCGUCGACAGAUGACUUGGGGAUCGAGGAGUUGCCUGCUCUGUGCCCUAUGCAGCUUCACGUACCUGUUUUGCCGAUGCUGGGUAGUAUCACGCGCGACAUGGCGGACUUGUACAGCAAACUGAGCUUGAACACUUCUUCUGCGCCCACUACAUCUGCCUCGACAGACGACAAGAAGCGCGGCGUGGAGUUUACGUGUGAGUUCAAAUAUGACGGGCAGCGGGCCCAGGUGCAUUUCGAUAAGCAGACAGGCAAGGUCUCGAUUUUCAGUCGGAAUUUGGAGAACAUGACCGAGAAAUACCCCGACAUCGUCGCGCUCUUCACAUCAGCAUCUACAGUCCUACCCCCCACCACGACAUCCUUCAUCAUCGAAGGCGAAAUCGUCGCGAUCGACAGCGUGACGCACGCAAUCCAAUCUUUCCAAACCCUGUCGAACCGCACGCGCAAAGCGGUCUCGCUUUCCGAGAUCUCGAUCAAGGUCUGCUUGUUUGCGUUUGACGUUAUGUACUUCAACCACGCGUCCUUGCUCGAGCGGCCGUUUCGCGAGCGGCGGGGGAUUCUGUAUUCUGCGCUGAGGGUGGGGGAGAGUGAGGGGAGGCUGGCGUUUGCGGAGCAUUUGGAUGCGGGGAUAGAUGAUGUCGAGGGGGGUGCGGUGUCGGAGUUUUUUAAGAGAGCGGUGGGGUCGAAGUGUGAGGGGAUCAUGGUCAAGCUUCUUGAUUCUGCGAAGAUCGAGGGGUCCCAACCCGAUGAUGACGAGGAAGACGCAGCGGACGUGAACGAGGACGUCACCAUCGAGUCAACAGAACAGCAAUUGACCACCUCUUCUAGAAGGAAAAUCCUACAAUCAACAUACACCCCCGACAUCCGCCACGAAUCCUGGCUCAAAGUGAAAAAAGACUACUCCACCAGCACCACGACCUCAACCGCAGCCGACAGCCUCGACCUAAUCCCGAUUGGCGGCUGGCACGGCCAAGGCCGCAAAGCGAGAUUCUGGUCGCCGAUCCUGCUCGCGGUGCGGGACGCCGACUCGGGAACGCUCACGGCGGUGUGUAAAUGCAUGAGCGGGUUCACGGACGCGAGGUAUAAGGAGAUGAAGGACAAGUACGCAGAGGACGGGCCGAAUACGUUGUCUGGGUACCGGUCUGGAGGGGAGGGAAGAACGGUGCCGACGGGGUGGGAUGUUGAGAGUCCUUUGGUUCCGGACGUGUGGUUCGUUCCUCAAGAGGUAUGGGAAAUCAAAUUCGCAGACAUAACAGCAAGCCCAGUCUACACCGCAUCCCAAGGUCUCCUACUCGACACAGACCGCGGCCUAAGCAUCCGUUUUCCCCGCUUCAUCCGCAUCCGAGAUGAUAAGAGCCUAGAGGAAGCUAGUACGCCUGAGUUUUUGGCGCAGUUGUAUAUUCGGCAGCAGACGAGGAGUGUUCCUUCCGCUGAUGUUGCUGCUGCUGCUGCUGAUGAAGAUGAUGCAGCGCAACACGGCGCAGAUGUAGCAAACGGUCUGGUAGACGACGCCAAUGAUUACGAAGACGACGAGGAGGAGGAUUUAUACACAUAACUAAUCGCCCACCUUCUGUAUAAUAGUAAUAGUAAUGAAUAAUAUAAACAUAAAUCUUCAAAAAUGUAUUUAUAAAACUGAAGAGAAAUACAACGAAGACAAAAGAGAGAUUCGACAAAACUAAAGAAACCAAAAGAUAAAUAAGAAAGAUGACUGGGCACGAUUAGAAUAAUAUCGUGUACAAACGAGGAAAAAGAAAGAUGGAAGAAGA